AUGGCGAAGACAUCGCAGACUACACGCGAUUCGAACAAAGAGCCCUGUCGAUGGAUCCAACGAGAAUAUAUCGACCACAAGGGUAACAAGGUCAUUCUAGGAAAAUGGGUUUGCUGGGGCAGGCAGUUUUAUCAACCGGAGGAGUUCGAGGGGUAUCGACUCCAGCGGUUUCCAUUUCUCGAAAUUUACUCAUACAACCCGUCCGAUGCUCUGUCCUGCGUGGAGCACCAGCGCAACGAGGUCGCACAUCGGAAGCGCCUUCAUGCUGAGCGGCGGGGAGACGAAGAUGAUACAAUUCUCCCCCCCUUUGAUCCCUACAAUGCGACACGGCUAGGUGAUCAGUUUAUGUCCGGAUUCUGUUUUCUUCUCAUAUCUAGGAUCUAUCUUCAGGGCUAUUUUCGUGAUAAUGACCAUGGCCCUGGCCCCUUAUGGAUUGGCUUCGAUCCCAGCCUUCUAUUUGGGCUAAAGAAGCUCCCAAUGAUCAAAAGGCUAAGCAGUUCACCAACUAAGCUUCGCACCUUUGCAGAGUGGGGAAUUGCUGUCAAUCCUGAAAUGAUUGAUGUCACUACCAUUUCCUUAUAUGCUGAUGCGUCUCAUUUUGCGUUCGAUUAUGGCCUCUAUGAGCCGCUCCCACCUUCACCGUCCCAGGACAAUCUGACUUCGCAACAUACCCGGGAGAUUUUAGAGCAACAGCAGACAGAUGACAUCCAACUGGAGAAACCAGAAUAUGAUCUUCAAUAUGUGAUAUACGUGCCCUUUCUUGCAGACAUUGAGCAAGAAAGGACCACUUUCCUGGAAGCGACGGCCCGCAAAUUCACCGCCAGCAUUAUCUUGAAUCUCUCUAUCUUCAAGCCUACUGUCUCCAAAACAGUUCGCUUCGAAUUUAGGAUCCCCGACUCGUCUUCAUUAUCAUAUUUUCUUUCAGCACCACCGGACGGAUUUGAUAUUGGCGCCUGCCACGAAUUUGACACAGCCCCAGGCCAGGAAAUGCGUAUACGAGCGCUGCCUAUGGGUCAGCGUGACUUCUGCUUUCGCCCGUUUCCCCAUCAAUAUUUUACAGUGAUACUUGAUAAGCCUAGCUUUACCCAGGAGCCCAGUGUUCUUCGGAGCGCCGGCAUCCAAGAGGUUGCGAGGCGACUUGCAAUGCUUGCGGUGGAAGAGAACAUCCAAGGUGACGCAAGGACGCUCACACGAGAGGAACACAGGGAAUUCCUGUCUUUGUCACUAGAGGAGUAUGAGUAG